AUGGCUACUUCAUUUCAUUCAUUCAUGCCUACCUCUUCCCAUUCAUCUUCGUCUUCAUUUUCAUCAUCAUCCUGUGUUUCUUCUUCUGUUACAUAUUCUGUCUGUCCCCAUCUUGCACUUGGUUUUGGUUCUUGUUCAUGUUCCACUCAAGUCACCAAAAAGAGGAAACGUGGACACCAAGAAACCAACAAGACCAACAAUGUUUCUUCAUCUCUGUUGGAUAUCUCCUCGUAUCCCAAAACAAUUGUUUGUCUUCAUCUAUCUCUUAAUGUUUGUACUUGUCUCGAUGGCACACAAAUUGUCGAGAAACAAAAACGUGUCCAACAUGAAACCAAUGUUUCAACAACAAACAGCACAUGCAAGGCCUUCGCUGUUGGGACAAGUUCUGAUUGUUCAACCAAUGUUGGUGAUUCAUGGAUGAUCAAGAAGGUGCUGACAAAGAGUGAUCUUGAUGAUAAUUGCAGACUUUUGUUAAAUAGAGAUUUGGCAAAGAAAUGGGUGGUUCCUGUGGUGGAUAAAGCUAAAGCUACAAAGGAAGGAGUCGAGGUUGAAGUGUUUGACGUUGACACUGGCUUUCCUCUUUCUCUUACUUUCAAGAUACGACCUUCCAAUGACAGUCAUGUCUUCAACAACACUUGGAUCACAGAUUUUGUAGACAGAAGAAGCUUGAAGAAAGGAGAUGAAAUUGGUCUAAAAUGGAAUAAAGAGAAGAAAAGAUUUGAUUUUUCUGUUCUUCAUCGGUGUUGA